AUGAAGUCCGCACAAUCUCAAGGUUAUUCUCCAACUCCAAAAUUCCUUUUAACUAACGACAAAGAAAUUAAAGAGUUGGCAGACUAUAUACUUGAACAAAGAAAAACUCGAGCAGAUCAUUAUGUGAUGUUGGGUAAAAUCAACAGGGCUGCGUCGUGCAUCAUAAAUUGCGAUAUUCUCUUUACAGUGAUUGGGAAACUAAUAGAUUAUGCUGACAAACGUGAAGAACUUCACGAUCAAUUUAUGGAACGAAAAAUCGAUCGCGCCAUCUUAAGUAAUGCCGUCCACUCAUUGAAAGCCGAAAUGUCUGCCAUUAAAACCCGCAUAGCAUUUAUGGAAAAUACUGAAACGUCUUUUGAUGAUAGAAAACUUGAAGUACCAUCCGCUUUCCAUUCCUGCGAGAAAAUUCUAAACUAUUUCGAAAAUAAAGAACAUGUCUUUUAUCAACAUCCGCUUAUCACAGCCCCAUCUUUGAUUGCAUUUUCCCAGUUAUAUACAUCUAUUUGUGCACAUGGAGUUGAACUUCUACCAGGAUACAUAGACAAAGCUAACAGUGAAAAAAAACGACUAAGAGAUUUGAUUGAAGAAUACAAAGUAAAUACUAUCGAGGAAAGACUCAAAAUGAUCAAAAUUGUGCAGACGAUAAAGGUACCAGAUUGUGACAGCAAGCUUAAAGAUAUCAAGGUACAAGUAACCAAUGCUGGAAGUUUUAAAAACGUUCUGAGCUGCUUGAAAAAUAAUAUAAAAUUACAUGAAGUAGAUAUUGUCAAAGAUGGCUUUGGAUAUGGAAGCAAACCCGAUGAAUUACAUUAUUGGGAUCGUACACUUUGGGCUCGGGAACUGAAAUCUGCGUGCAAUUAUGAAUAUUCAAUGGUAGUACAAAUUUCAUACAACGAUUAUUUUGAUAAAAUCAUUAAUACUAUUUCUUGA